AUGGCGACUUCAACCGACCAGGCCACUACUCUACACAUCGCGUCGCCCUCAGACAUCAAGACAGUUGCUGCGAAUACAGAGACACACGAUGGAAAGAUCCAUAAUCAAGAGAACACGUUGGACUUUGAUCCUUCGCCUGUCGUGUCCAAAUUAUCUGCGCCCGAGGUCGAGAAGUCAAAUGAUACCCAAGACCAAGUCGCUGUCGAGGAUUCGACAGAUAAGACACCUACUCUCGGCUCUCCCUUCCCCUCGCCCAAACUAGUUGCAGAGGACAGCAAGAGCAUCGCCUCUCUUGAAGACGGCGAGAUCGAAGAGCAAGACCCUGACAAGGACGUUGGAGCGAUCCUUAUAACUGUGCAGGAGCAACGAGAGCAGCUUGAUGAUAAGGAGAAGACCAAGCUUGCAUCUCCAACUGCCCAGAAAGAAGUUCCUCCGGCAUCGCCUCCUGGACUGCAUGUCGAGGCCACCAAGACCGACAUUGACAUCGGAACCGAGGACAGCGACUUCAAGACCGACACAGAUGCAAACAUUGAGACGUCGAAGCCUUCGAGGCCAGCUCACAGUCUACCUCCGCACAUGCGGCCUGACUUCCAGUCGCCUCCAUCCCGCCUUUUCGGCCUUCCAGACCCGAGGCACAUGAUGUCGCCAAACGAGGUCAAUCGAUUCAACGAAGCUCCUCGCGCCCCUCGCUCCCACUUCAAUUCCCACGGAUCCCGAGGAGGCGACCACGGCGAUCGCGAGCAAAUCGUCCGUAUGAACGCACAAGUCAUGAAGCUGAAGAACGAACUCGACGCCGAGCGCAACAAGGGCGUGCGUCUCCGCAAGUCCAUCGAAGCUGAGCAGCAACAAAGGGUCGAAGCCGCCUCAUCCGUCAUGCUAACAAACCUUCUCCGCGACCAAGCCACAACCCUCACGCUCCAGUCCAAAGUCGAAGCCCGAGAGCGCGACCUCGACGAACGCGAGAAGAAGAUCACUCAACUCGAAGUCUACCUCACCGAAGGCCAGAAACAGCUCAUGUACGCGCUGGAAGAGAACGGCGAUAGACCGAUGAGCGCUGUGCAGAUGGAACACGCCCGUCGCGAAGCCGAACUCAACGCGCAGAGGGCCGUGGCUGAUAUGAACGGAAAGUUGAACAUCAAGAUCGAAGCCCUCCGUCUCCGCGAAGCUGCCCAACAUAUGCGCGAACAGAACUGGAAAGCCAUUGCCCGCGAGCAACUCGAGGCUGAUUUCGCGGAUAACUCCAUCACCCAUGAGAAAGCUGAUGAGGUUGCGGAAGAGGCGUAUAACGACGGCUUCGGUGCAGGGAAAGAAGUAGGACGUAAAGAGGCGCUCAAGGAAUCCCACCAACGCGGAUUUCUAGAAGGCUAUGGUGCUUGCCAUCGUACGCAGGUUACGCUGAGUAAGGUGCGCCAGGGACUCAUUGCGCGGGACGACCCUGAGCUGGACUUCCUGUAUGACGCCAAUCAUCCUCAUAACCUGUGGAACAUCGGGGAGAUGGUCGGACGCCUGCAGCGAGACGACAAGAUCGCGCAGCCAAAGGAGGAUGUGAAGAAAGAACCUCCAGUCGAGAAGAAGACUCCCGCGCCUGUCCAGGAAGAUGAUGACGCCGAAGAAACCUCCAGGAUGAAUCGCAAGGUCGACGGUCGUAUGAACGGCGGUCUUUCCAGUGGCCACACCAACGGCCCCAACAGCGGUCAUUACAACGGCAUCAACGGCAACACCAACAACCACAACAACAGCGCCAUGAUCAACAAGCGCGAAGAACCCGCCAUCAAGAUGCCACCUCCCCGCCCGACCUUCGCCGCCGAACUCCGCGGCCCCUCGCUAACACACAACGGACACAUUGUUCUCGCCAACAACGUCGCGUCGCCUGUUGCCAAGGAGACUGGUCGUCCCAUCAUCAAGUACGAGGAUGAGGGUGUGAAUCUGAUUGAUCUUAUGUAG